GUGCGCGCUGUCAUGGGGAGAAAAACAAAAUGACGAGCCAUGUCAAAAGUUUAUUCCGUCGGUGAAAAAGGCUUGACGACGUAGCCGCGUCCUGUUUCGACUGAUUACUGCUUUCGUUGAUGGUGAAGCUUGUGUUGUUGUGUAUCAUUGUUGCCCUCUCGUUGUGCUAAGCAGAAAGUUUGAGUGUUUAUCAGCGGCGGAAAACCCAAACGCCACAAUGUCGCAGCGCUUCCCACCGGCUGGCCCCAGUGGUGCACCUGGGGCUCCAGGCCCGCAGCGCUACCCGUCUGCUCCUGCUGUUCAGCCGAAUCAACCACCGCCCGGUAUGAGACCGUACGGUCCGGGCAAUAGUUUUCCGCCCCGGGGAUUUACACCGCCACCGCAGAUGUCCGGUGGGCCUCCGCCGCAGAGUCAACCACCCAUGCAUCAGCGCCCGAUGCAGCCCGGCUUCCAGGGAGGCAGCAUGCGUGGUUCACCGAUGCCCAGCGGUACUUCCGGUGGGAGCAAACGUGCCGCUGAUACGCGCAGCUCGAUCAAUCAGCCACCGCAGAAAACUGAAUAUCCGGCGAAGAAGAAGAAAAAGCUGGCGGACAAGAUUCUCCCCCAGAAGGUGCGUGAUUUGGUGCCCGAGUCCCAGGCGUACAUGGAUCUGUUGGCGUUCGAGCGUAAGUUGGAUGCAACGAUUAUGCGUAAACGGUUGGACAUUCAGGAGGCACUCAAGCGCCCCAUGAAGCAGAAGCGCAAGUUGCGCAUUUUCAUUUCCAAUACGUUUUACCCGAGCAAGGAGAACGAUGGUGGCGGCGAACAGGGAUCGGAAAGUUCGGUUGCUUCGUGGGAACUGCGAGUUGAGGGCCGUCUGUUGGAGGAUAACAAAUCGGAUCCGAACAAAAUUAAGCGCAAAUUUUCCAGCUUCUUCAAAUCGUUGGUAAUCGAGCUGGACAAGGAGCUGUAUGGGCCGGAUAACCAUCUGGUCGAGUGGCACCGAACGCAUGCUACACAGGAGACUGACGGGUUUCAAGUUAAGCGUCCCGGAGAUCGUAAUGUACGUUGCACGAUUUUGUUGUUGCUGGAUUACCAGCCGCUACAGUUCAAACUGGAUCCACGUUUGGCUCGUUUACUUGGUGUGCACACCCAAACCCGACCGGUUAUAAUCUCCGCCCUGUGGCAGUAUAUUAAGACACACAAACUGCAGGAUGCCCACGAGCGGGAGUACAUAACGUGCGACAAAUAUCUGGAGCAGAUCUUCGGCUGCCAGAGAAUGAAAUUCGCCGAGAUUCCCCAGCGGCUGAAUCCGCUGCUGCACCCACCGGAUCCGAUCGUAAUCAAUCACGUUAUCAGCGUCGAGGGUGGCAUGGAAAGCAAACAGACCGCAUGCUACGACAUCGAUGUGGAAGUGGACGACACGCUGAAGAAUCAGAUGAAUAACUUCCUGCUGAGCACCGCCUCGCAACAGGAGAUCCAAACGCUGGACAGCAAAAUCCACGACACCGUGGAAACCAUCAACCAGCUAAAGACGAACCGGGAGUUCUUCCUGAGUUUCGCCAAGGACCCACAGACGUUCAUCCACAAGUGGAUUGUUUCGCAGACGCGUGAUCUCAAGACGAUGACCGACAUCGUGGGCAAUCCGGAGGAGGAACGACGGGCCGAGUUUUACUACCAACCGUGGACCCAGGAGGCUGUUUCGAGGUACUUCUUCACCAAGGUCAACCAGAAGCGAGCCGAGCUGGAGCAGGCGCUGGGCAUUAGAAAUUCCUAGGAUUCCCUAGGAGCAGCGGAAGGAGGAGGAGAAGGAAGUUCGGAUAUUUUCAAUGAAGUUUAAUUGAUAAAUGGUACGAAAUGCGGUGACCUUGAGGAACGCUGGAUUGAUCAUGAGAAUAAUCAUUUUAGAAGGUAGCUUUCCGGAAUCUAUAACUAUCGAUAACACUUAUACAUAAAAUAUAUGAAAUCCAAUUACGAAAUGCAUUAUAAGAUUCAAUAAAGUUCACUCUAAUGACAAGGUAUGAGAAAACUUGUCUCUUCCAUUCGUUCGUUCACUUGCAAUCAGGUCGGACGCAUUCUACAACCGAUCCGAUAGAGGUGAUUUUUUCCACAUCUAGUCGGGGUGAAUUUCAAUCCGAGAAGUGGUGCAAGAUUGAGAUACUGAGGGUCCAUUCAGCAGGUCACAUACACUCAUCGUUAGAGUGCCAAUGAAUGUAUGGCAAAAAAGGGACCCUCGAAUUUUCAAAGCGAGCUUGAUUAAAAAUGUUGAUUCCCACGAAAAAUUAUCCUAUGCAAAAUAUCAGCUCAACCGGACUUCAUUUAAGCCAGCGCUACACGAUGCUAC